CUUUAAUACGGUAUUCGAAAUAGUCCAAAAGUCCUACAUUAACGGGUAUACAAGAUGGCUGAUAAACCAGUCCCUUUGGCCGAAAAGAGGCUGAUGGAUGUUAAGUUAGGAGAGCUCAUGUCCUGGAUAAGCACCAAGGACUUGUCUCCCAACGGAAUCAUCGCAGCUGUUCGCAGGGGACACGACAGAUACUACAACAAAUACAUCAACGUGAAGAAGGGUGGCAUUGGAGGAAUUGCCAUGCUCCUGACAAGUUAUGUCGUCUUAAGCUACAUAUGGGAAUAUGAUCACAUCAAGCAUGAUCGCUGGAGGAAAUAUCACUGAAAAAACUUUCCUGCUGACAGACCACUACAGUUCUGAGACCUCACUGGUCAGUAGUGUGAGUUCCACACCUGCAUCCAUUGUGUUCUGUAUCAAGUGAUGUGUGACCAAAAAUAAAAAACUUUCUUAUCUCUUGUGGGAUUAUUUUAAUUAAUUACACAUAAGAAUUAUAUUCAGUGUUCCCACUUGGAUUAAAUUAUAAUUUUCAAUGACUUUAAAUGAGUUAAGGCUAAACAAUAUUUUAAGAGAUUUUUGUGGGCACUUACUAGUGAAUACCAGACCUGCAAUAAUGGACUGCUGCACAAGCCAAAGAGCUAGCCAAAUUGCUGGAAGCAUCAACAUCAACAUGACUGGAAAAAUCUGGUAACUGUCAAGCCAGUCUGGUAGCAUGAAAGUUUCUUGACAUUGGGGGGGGUUACGGUGUGGGAAAUUUUCCCAUGACUUUUCAAGAUAUUUAGGCAUGUUCAUCUUUCCAGAAUGAAAAUACAAGGAUUUUGAGAUAUUGUGGGAACUCUGUAUUAAAUUCUUAAACAUGGAUACUAAUACGUAGAAGUGUAACUCGGCUAUGAGUUGAAUAGGUAUUUUAUCAGGUGGUA